AUGAACGUUCGUUUUGUUUUCUCGCUGGUAGCUGCUGCCGCUGCAGUUUUGGCCCACGUCGACGGGUUGCCCCACCCAAGCGGAAUGACCAACAGCCCGUCAGCUAAACAGGGUCGAGUCACCAAGAGCCAAAGUGACGAUCCUGCUGCAAAAAAUGUGCGAACUGUUGAGGUCGUCGACACUGUCGAUAAGAAGACGACAAGCGAGACGAGGGGUUUUGCCGACAAGCGCAUGUCGAGGUUCAGGGAGAUUGUAAACAAGAAGUUCCCGUCAAAGCUGAGCAAAACCAUGUCGCGCUUCUUUCCAUCAGUCGGCCCGAGUGGGCCGAAGCUGACUGACCACUACCUGCACAUGUUGUUGAGUCCUAAAGUGCAAGAAACUUCGAUUUCGUCGCUCCAGGAUCGUUACGGGGCCGAUGUCGUGCUAACAGCGCUCCUAGAAGCGGAGAAACAUGGCAAUAAGAAGAUCAAGCAAAUCGCUACGAAACUGUGGGAUCAGCAGUUAGCAAAAUGGCUGGACGACGAAGUACCACCUGAAGAGGUUAUGACGAAGCUCAAGCUGCAUGAGCAUCCUACGAACGGAAAGCUGAAGACCUUGGGAGCGUAUAUCGGCAAAUAUAACGAAAAAAAUUUCGACGACAUUAAGCUAAUUGACUUGUUGAAGUCGAUGUUGGACGGUGAAGACGGAUUGGCGCCGACUUUGCUGGUUAAGGCGUUUCUUGGGGGGAAGGUGACUCGUUUUGGGGAUGAAGCUGUGGUGGGAGUACUGCUGGGAGCAAAGAUGGUUCAUUCGUCGGAUGCAGAUGUGAUGGAAUUGGAAAAACAGCUUUUCAAGUGCUGGAUCAGUGGUGAAACGACAGCCGCCAACGUCUUCGAGUGGCUGGAGUUUGGCAAAACCGAGACCGCUCAUGCUUUCGAUACACAAGUGGAGAUAUUGGAAAACUUCAUCAAAGCUCUCAAUAAAAAGCAGGAGUCUACUCAAGACGAUCUAUUGACGGUCAUGCUCAAUGGCUAUGGAGGUGAGGACAAAUUGGCGCGUGCUUUGUGGUUGGCAAAGAUGCUCUCUCCAGGCAAGAAGUCAAAGGCUUUGGACCUGGAGGACCAGCUGAUUGCGAAAUGGAAACACGAGAACUUGUCGCCAUCCGCGGUCGUGGAAAGGCUGCGAUUGACUGAAAGCCUAGCGGGGCUGACGGGCUCCAAGCUUGGGAUAUUGAUAAAGUACAUCAGGACGUUAGACGCGGGUGACCCAGGACGUAAUUUCUCGCUGAUCGAGAUGUUCAAGAGGAAGAACUUCAAGGAUGAAGAAAUAGCAAGGGAAGUGAUGGGCGCACAGGAGAUAGAUUCGACAAACACAGACGUGCCGAUAGUCGAAUCACAGCUUUUGCAGAGUUGGAAAGUCGAUGACAAAACAGCUGACGAGGUAUUCACGCUGCUCGGUGCGAAAGGACACACUCUCGAUAGCCCAAGAGUGAAGGCGUUGGAAACGUACAUCGCCUUGAAGCAAGAAGGUCCGUCGAUCUUUGAAGUCCUCCGGAAAGGCUACGGGGAUGACAUCGAUCUUACGCUCAUGAUGUUGGAAGGGUCGGAGGACACUAGCAAGAUAGGGAUCGCUAUUGAAGUCUUCCACGAUCUGUUUAAAAAAUUGUCCGCGGAACCUACAAGGCUCAAUGCACUUUUCAAAAACAUUGCGGAGAGAGAUGCGACGAAAGGGGAGCUGCUCAAGAGCUGGUACGAGGCGUAUAAGAUUGAAGAAACAGAAGACUGGCACAUGCCCAGGGCGAGGCCAAGACGAGCGUAA